CAUAUUGAUUCGUCAGUUCUGCGAUCAUUCAGCAUCAUGCCUGAACCAGCCAAGUCCGCGCCUAAGAAGGGCUCUAAGAAGGCCGUCACGAAGACCGCCGGUAAGGGAGGAAAGAAGCGCAGAAAGUCCAGGAAGGAGAGCUACGCCAUCUACGUGUACAAAGUGCUGAAGCAGGUUCAUCCUGACACCGGCAUCUCCUCCAAGGCAAUGGGCAUCAUGAACUCUUUCGUCAACGACAUCUUCGAGCGCAUCGCCGGUGAGGCGUCUCGUCUCGCUCACUACAACAAGCGCUCCACCAUCACGUCGAGAGAGAUCCAGACCGCCGUGCGUCUGCUGCUGCCCGGUGAGCUGGCCAAACACGCCGUGUCUGAGGGCACCAAGGCCGUCACCAAGUACACCAGCUCCAAGUAGAGUCCCCGAGACUCCCACAUACCCAAAGGCUCUUUUAAGAGCCACCCAUAUACUCCGACAAAAGAGAUUUUGACCGUAAGGUGUUUAUUUAAUUGUAAGAAAACCCUAAUCUUUGCUUUUCUUUUUGUUUCAAGGUGGCUUUUGAAUUCAUGUAAACUGCACUGCUGUCUUUUUUUUGUUUUGCAGUUAACCUACAUUUGAAAACUAUGAUUUCAGUAGAGUAAAUAUUCUAUGUAAUUCAAAUUUUAGCAGGUUCAGGGAAAACACGUUAAAUAAUUAAACAAAUGUAUUCAAUACAGUAGUGUUUUAAGUUAUAUACAGAAAAACACUUUUUUUAAGUUUUAAAGAUUAUUUGGAUUGUGUAUGGUUUGACUUUCAUUUCACUUGAACUUUGUUAAUUUCUCAGGGCUAGUUGAUUUAAAUAAGUCUUAAUGUGUUUUACUUCCAUCAAGUUUUUUCUCAAUAAAUAUACUCAGUCAUCAGGGUUUGAGCACUAAUGGUCCAUAAGGAUGAUUAGAGAUCUUGUGGUUUUUACUGCAAAGUCCGUCUGGAGUCAGUGUGGAUUCAUAUUCAACAUUUAAAAUUGAAUUAAUCACUUCAUUGGACCUUACAGGACAAAAUAAAUGUGAUAUCUGCAGAACCUUAUUAACCUCAACCUUGUUUAUUUUUAUAAUUUCUAUCAUAUGUGUAGUCAUCUAAUCUUUUUCAUUUGUGUGAACUGCUGAGUGUAAACUCUCUUUGUAGAAACUAUGAAAUAUAAUCUUGGAAUUCAGAAAUAUUAUACCAGACAAACCCUCGUGUUUAAAAAAAGUAAAUAAAUGGAAUCAUUCUCUGA